GAGACAGAAAGAGAGAGAGGGAGAGAGAGAGAGGGAGUAAUGUGCCUUGCAGAGAGCUGGGAGCUUGAUGGGAAUGUUUGAUUAGCUCCUCUCAGAAAGAGAAAAGGUGUCCAGGCCUCCCCUCGCUGCCUGCCUCUGAUUCUUUAGAAUAAUGUUGACUGGAGUUUGUGGUACAGAACAACUUGGAAAAAAUUACACUUUGAUACUGGGUGGAGAAAAGGAAUAAAAAGUUACACACUUCAAGCAAGAGUUCCUUACCAAUACAUCCAGACUUUGCUUUUCUCACCAUGAAGGCCUCAGCCAUCGCAACCUUUUUUGGUGUAUUUCUUACAUGUACAUACGCAGCUAAGGAAGCCACAAAGAAGACUAAAAAGGCUAAGCUAUAUUUUGUACUCACAGAUGUACCCCAGAUCGAUUGUGACGUCAAGGCGGGGAAGAUAAUCAAUCCAGAAUUCAUUGCAAAAUGCCCUCCUGGAUGUCAAGAUGUAAAAUACCGUGUUUAUGGCACAGACAUUUAUGCUUCUUUUUCCAGUGUGUGUAGUGCUGCAAUUCACAGUGGUAUAAUUGACAACGCAGGUGGGAAGAUCCUCGUCCAGAAAGUUGCUGGCCAUUCUGGUUACAGAGGGAGCUUCUCGAACGGGGUCCGAUCCCUGUCGCUGCCGCGCUGGAGGGAGUCCUUCCUCGUUGCAGAGGGCAAGCCAAGGAAAGGUGUGACGUACCCAUCAACUCUUGAAUAUUCUUCUUCAAAAAGCACAGUUGUUAAAUCAGAGCCUAAAAAGUCAGAACAAGACAUAAAAGCUAUGAAGAAUGCCAGCACCUCGAAUGCUUCAGAAAAAACCUCAGAACAAGGCAAUACAGUCCACAAAGAGUACCAGACAUCUCCAGUACCAACUACACAAAUUGCCAUGACAACCGCAACACAGAUGACCACAACAACAGACCCUUUCACCACAACACCAAAACCAACUACAACACCUGUGACAACCAGAACCGCAACAGUUGCAGCUGCAGCCAAGUCUCGACCUGCACUGCAUAGAGUUAGAGAUACAGGCUCUAGCAGUAUCCACCCGGCAUAUUCAUCUGUGGCAGCUGCAGCAUCAAGGCAGAUUCAGGCUGCACAAGGAAGAGGACAGAAUACAGCAUUCAGGAGCACUUCCACCUCCUCAAGUAACAGGAAUAUUUUACAACCCAGUACAGGUAUUCAGCGCCAAGAGCCUGCUGCAGCCUUCCGGAAGCCUGCCGGAUCUCCAGUCCAUCUGGCAAUGGAAACAGACUUGUGGAAACCUGGAUUGGGCCUUUUUGAUACAGGCUUCAGUUCAAAAGAAGAAUUGAAUACGAAACCACUGGAGUCAAGAUCCCAGGGGAACCCAAACUGCAAAGUUGAUUUGUCCUUCUUGAUUGAUGGGAGCUGGAGCAUUGGCAAACGCCGAUUUCAGAUCCAGAAGCAGUUCCUCAGCAAUGUGGCUGAAGCCCUCGACGUUGGCAGCGCUGGUCCGCUGAUGGGCAUCGUUCAGUAUGGCAAUGACCCUUCAACAGAAUUUAGCCUGAAAACCUAUGCGAACUCCAAGGAUAUAAGAAAUGCCAUCGAGAAAAUCCCACAGAAAGGCGGACUUUCCAACGUUGGGAGGGCACUUUCAUUUGUUAACAAAAACUUCUUUUCGGAUGCUAAUGGAAACAGAGGUGGAGCGCCAAACGUGGUCAUAGUGAUGGUGGAUGGAUGGCCUACCGACAAAGUGGAGGAGGCCUCCAGGCUGGCCAGAGAAUCAGGAAUCAAUAUUUUCUUUGUCACUAUUGAAGGAGCUGCUGAAAACGAGAAGCAGAACGUUAUCGAACCAGAUUUUGUGGACAAGGCCGUAUGCAGAACAAAUGGUUUCUAUUCCAUCAACGUGCCCAGUUGGUUCAGCCUACACAAGGCAGUCCAGCCCCUGGUGAAGCGGGUCUGCGACACCGAUCGGCUGGUUUGCAGCAAGACGUGCCUCAACUCAGCUGACAUUGGCUUUAUAAUCGAUGGCUCCAGUAGCGUUGGCACUGGCAACUUCCGCACAGUCCUCCAGUUUGUAGCCAACAUCAGCAAGGAGUUUGAGAUUUCGGACACUGACACGCGCAUUGGAGCUGUUCAGUACACGUACGAGCAACGGCUGGAGUUCGGCUUUGACAAGUACAGCUCUAAGCAAGAUGUACUAAGUGCUAUUAAAAGGAUCAGUUACUGGAGUGGAGGCACCAGCACGGGAGCAGCCAUCAGCUAUGCCUCAGAGCAGCUGUUCAACAAAUCCAAACCCAACAAAAGGAAGAUCAUGAUUCUCAUCACAGAUGGCAGGUCUUACGAUGAUGUCAGAGUGCCGGCCAUGACAGCUCACCAGAACGGAGUCAUAGCUUACUCCAUUGGAAUUGCUUGGGCAGCCCAGGAUGAACUGGAAGCCAUUGCAACAGAUCCCGAUAAGGAGCAUUCCUUCUUUGUGGAUGAAUUUGACAACCUCUACCAAUUUGUUAAUCAGCUCAUCCAAAACAUUUGUACAGAAUUUAAUUCACAGCCACGGAACUGAUCAAAUCAAGCAAAGUGGGAUCCUUGGGCAUCAUGCUGAAGACACACAAAAUGCUAUAGCAGUAAUGUCAGCUCUGAGUUCAAGAAAUACUGUAAUGGUUAUUCUCUGGUACUUUCCAGUUAGCAAGGUGAAUUGCAGCUGUUUCCCUAUGCAUGAUAAUGCUCUGCGUAGGCUGUUGAUUUUUGUUUUUCUUGCAGGUUUCAGAAACUCUGGCUUGGAUGGAGAGUGAAAAAGGCAGUAAACUUCAUGGAGGAGAUGGCUGGAGCUGUUUGAAAAGUUUCUUCCAGUAUAGAUAAGCUUCUGAUUCCCACCUUUGGCCACACACAAGCUCCUCAAAAUGAACCACCUCCUUCCUGAACUGGUGUGUGGCCUCAGCCCCAGUCUGCAGGACCUUUCAGGGUGCCUCCACACUGCCUAGCUACUGUGGCAGAAGCACCUCCAUGUGACACUGCCCAUCAGCUGUCCUCCAGGUCAGGACUGAAAUUCCAGAGAUUUGUUUCUUUUUUUGACUAAAAUUUGAGCACCUUCUUAAAAGCAGUCACUCUUCCCAUAGAGCUGUCUUGCUCGCAAGUUAAGUUUCAGCUAAUGUAAAUUCAAGUGUUGAGAUUUAUCCAAACCCAGAAAUUGGAAAACAGGUGAGAAGAAAGAUUCAAGCUCCUGCAUGACCUGAUCAGCUUAUAGCUGUUGCAAUACAGCUACAAGCAUUUAUCAAUCCCAAUAAAGCCACAGAUCCACAAAGCAGCCAACACACAGGAACUAGAAUAGUCUUCCCUCUCCUUCCUCCCACAACUCUGCAUUAAAAUUUGAUUUUGGGAAGAAAACCUUCUCCCCUUAGCUUUCUCCUGCUCCACUUUGUCUGGCACCUCAAGGCCUGUAGUACAGCAGGAGAACUGCAGAGACAGAAGAGGCUCUUGAGAAAAAAUGUGGGUUUAAGUUGCUCACAAUCCAAAAAGUGCUUGAGAACCACUGCUCUAUCGUUAAACCAUGGCUCAGUUAGAUCAGCUUAUAGCAGUCACCAAUACAAAGAGGAUUAUUCAAGGGUCAUUAGAAGGAUUUUAAGAGGAAAGAAUCUUAAUGUUUUCUACUAUACACUGGAAAAAAACAAGAUUUCUAGCAUUUACAGACAUCCUCUUCAGAAUUUGGAGUUGGCUUCUGCUAUAUAGAUGGAUUUCAAAAUGCACCUACUGCAGCCCUCUGUUAUUCAAAACACACCCUUGCUUCUUAAGUGAAGAACUAGCCACGUCACUAGUUUCUGAUGCCAGGAGUGAUACAUUAAGAGGGUCAAAAGAAUUACACUUUAAUUAGGAAGCAGCAGUUGCUGGUUAUGUUUCCAUCCCUUGUAAUUUAAGAAAAUAUGUUCAUUAAGCAGAAGCUACAGAAGGAGAAGAAAGAAGCUUCAGAGCCAGUGCAAAUGUGUGUGUUCAUAUACCUUAUGGCUGUCAAAGCAAUACUGCAUCAGGCUUGUGGAACUAACAGAAAACUGAAAUAAAUUAAAGCUCAGAUUUCAUAUCUUACUCACAAACUGGAGUUUUAAUAGCCUUUGUACUUUUAACGAAUAGCCAUGACCAAAGGAUGUUUAAUAUCUAUUCACAUAAAAAUGUUAAUUGAAGUAAAUUGCCACCACAGAAGACUCCUUUCUGUCAACAAAAUUAGCACAAUCUUUCAAAUCUUUGUUUGAAAAUAUGACUUCACUGAUAUUUUUGAACUACUGAAGUAAGCAUAAACCAAAUUAAUGAGCACAGCAGAUUCUACAUGAUCUCUGUAGUGUGAUAACAUAAGUCAGGCUAGGAUGCUCUCAAGAGGUGCUCCAACUGGUAUUUCCCACCCCCUGUCUUCAGACCUGUUUCCGCAAUAUCAUUUUGCUCAAGGCAUCACUCUCCUCUGACAAAGGCUGGUCUGGACAAAACUCAAACUCAUAAACUGGAUUUACUAGGGACUGUAGCUCAGAUGCCAGAUUUAUUGUUUGAAAACCUGCUUGCUUGGGGUUUUAUUCAGGCCUACCUGAGAAAAGAGCUUACAUUUUAACUUUUAACUACACUUAAUGCUGCACUUGUUUCUAAUGCAACAAAUAUCACUGUAUAUUUAGCUCCAUACUGAAUGUACUCUCACAGUACAAAAGAGAGAUACUCUUCAGAUACUUCCAAUUGUAUUGCUUGUGUUCUGCUGAAAGCAUAGCACAGAUGGCAGAGAAGUUAGGAACAGUUAGAGCCACACGCGUUCUUUAGGACAGGCAUUUUAAUUCCUUCCAAAAGCUUAAACUUCAAGCAACAACAGCAACAUUUUUCAAACGCUUCUCACAGAGAAGUUCAACUGUUAUCCUCUGCAUCAAGCAUUCAUAAAAUGCACUUCGGGGUUUGUGUGGCUUAAAUGGUUUAUCUGAACUUUACAAAACGACGAUGGUGCUUGCCUGCCAAUGUGUAUUUUUAUUAAGUUCUUGAGGUGACCAUGAAAUUGUCCAAUCCGAAAGUGGGAAAGUGGUUUAAUUUUUCAUCCAACUCUCAUGUAAACAUAGAUGCCUGUUCAUAAACACUGUAAACUUAAGUGUAAGCCUCAAAAGUUGUAAGAAUAUACUUUUCCAUUAACUAAAGCAAGCAUUGGAUCAGGGCAGAAAACACUCCUUUCAACCUUCACCUUUCAUAGGAAACAAAAUACUGGCCAUCUAAUAAAGUCUCUAAAAAUAAUAUUUUAUAUAUAAAAAAAGAAACAAGAUAACUUACAUUUAAAUCAUCUUCAUAAAAGUUGGGGGGGGGGAUGUUUGUUUGAAGAAAGCAGCAGAACUACCUUUGUAACAUAUACAAGCUAUUCUGAGCUUCUCACAACACAGGUUGCUAAAUCUUUUGCAAUAAAAAUGUCCCAAAAGGCA